AUGUGUGAUCGCAGUCUCUACAGAUCUGGCUACGUUGGUUCUCUCUUGAAUUUGCAAUCUCCAGAUUCCUUUUAUUUUCCUAAUUUGCGGGCUAAUGGCAGUCAAUUGGCGGCUCUGCCCACCAUUUCCUACCCCCGGAGCUCGAUCCCGUGGACUUGCUCAAGUUCGUGCGCAGCCCAGCCGCAGAGCCACGCGUUCAGCGGCGCGGCUCAGCCUUACCUCCCCGGCUCCGUUCCAAUCAACAUCAGCUCCAACGGCAACAAAGAGUGCCUGGAAGACAACAAUAAAUAUUACGCCCACGAUGCGAGCUCCAAACAAGAGGAGAGAUGCAGGCAGAGGCAAUCUUUUGCAAAUGACCCAACUGUUACUCACGCAGCCAACUUAAAGCCCGUAAAGUAUGACCACUCGAGCCUACAGAGAAGUUUGCAUGGCUCGGCUGCUCUUUUUGAAGUGAAUUCCUGCACUUCCAGCUUAAAGGAGGACAUCAAGAAUUCCGUCAACUUGAACCUGACAGUUCAGCCAGCAGCAGUCCAGUCAUGCCUCAGACCUUCAGUGCAGGAUGGUUUGCCUUGGUGCCCCACCCAGGGGAGAUCAAGAAAGAAACGGAAACCUUACACAAAACAACAAAUUGCUGAAUUGGAAAACGAGUUUCUCCUCAAUGAGUUUAUUAACCGACAGAAGAGGAAAGAACUAUCAAACAGACUGAAUUUAAGCGAUCAGCAAGUUAAAAUUUGGUUUCAGAACCGGCGGAUGAAAAAGAAAAGAGUAGUAAUGCGAGAGCAGGCGCUUUCCAUGUACUAGAACAGAGUCCGCCCGUUCCUGCAUGAACUCGUGCCCGGAGUGUUCACCCCUAGAGUAGAGCGUAUUCGCGAGUGCAACGCGGGGAGUGUGAGUUUUUACCGUUUAGACGAAGUUCUCGAAACGCGUAGGAUCCCUGCGUAAAUUGGCAAACCCUGAGUCCUUAGCCAAAAUGAAGAGGACAAGCCGGACCGGCACAGAAACCUGUAUUAUCAGCUUUUUACCUUUCUUUCUCCAUUUAUAUAGAUUUUCUCCUGCUUCUUACCCUCUCUUUCCCCGGAG